GGCCUUUUGUCCUCAAGCAUAGCAGCAGCAAAGGUCGCUUUCGUCUCUCUCACCCUCAACCCGCGCCCCCUUUUGUCGCCCGCCGCCGACGCCGAAGAUUCAACGCCCCCCCGCCGACGACCGCCCGCCCGCCCGCUCGCCCAUGUCGAUCCAGGGCCUGCUCCUCGAGGUCAGAGUGACGGGGUGCCGGAAGCUGCGGGACACCGAGUUCUUCUCGCGCCAGGACCCCUACGUCAUCGUCGAGUACGCCAACACCAAGCUGCGCACCCGCACCUGCACAGAUGGGGGAAGGAACCCGUCCUUUGAUGAGAAGUUUCAUAUACCACUCAUCGAGGGGCUCCGUGAGCUGAGUAUCAACGUGUGGAACAGCAACACAAUCAACACCGAUGACUUCAUUGGCAGCUGCAGGGUGCCGCUGAACAAGGUGCUCACGAGUGGCUACGAUGAUGCCUCAUGGCCCCUCCAGACACGCCAUAUGAAGUCUGCUGGGGAAGUGAAGCUCAUCAUGCACUUUGAUGUCUCAGCAAUGAAGAACAAGAUGGGAGGUAAAACUUCUGGCCAGUACGCUCCUUCGCCAUAUGGUGCCUCCUCAGCUUCAUACCCAGCGCCUUCAGCAUAUGCUGCAGCACCCCCACCGCACCAAGCUUAUCCAGCUCCUAGCCACGCGCACCAUAUCCUGCUCCUUCUGCAUACUCAACUCCGCCUCCUCAGCAGCCAUACCCAACUCCGCCUCCUCAGCAGCCAUACCCGCAGCAGGGAUGUCCUCCUACAAGUCACCCACCACAGCCAUAUGGACAACCGUACCCGCCGCAGCCAUACGGGCAACCGUACCCACCACAACCAUAUGGGCAGCAACCUUACCCGCCACAGCCAUAUGGGCAACCGUACCCACCACCAUCAGCAGCACAAUCCCCUUAUCCACCUGCGCCUUACCCUGGAGCUUAUCCACCGCGGCCAUAUUGAUACACCCAGCUUCAGUGACCUGACGUGGCGGCACCGAAACGAAGAAAUGAUGAUCAGUUGUGGCCGCUGAGCUGUUUCAAAUGGAGUACAAUUCACAAGCCUACUGAAGGUGUGUUAGAUAACUGAAACAUGUAAAUCGUCUCCUUUGCGCUAGUGUUGCGAACAGCCUGGCAAAUCAUCAGAAACGUUUACUCUCUCUGGUAUGCACUAUAUAAGUAGCUUGCAGAACGCGUGAUCAAGUCAGUUCAAUAUUGUGGUUAGAAACCUUUCUUCUGUUUUGUAGCCAUUAUCGACUUUUCUACCCGCAAGUCUGUAACUAUAGUUGUAGCUGCUUGAAUGCCAGCGAAUGCGUGGCAACUGCAAAGCCUGCAGCAUCUUGCAGCCGACCUGAAACCUGAAGUGUUUUGUGAUGCUCAAUAAAUUUUCCUUGUUUGAUA